CCUUAAACAAACAGCCGGGAUAUCUGCUCUUUCCGCAGAUGACCACAUAGUGCCCCAAUGCUCUUUCUCGUUUUAUAUUCAUGAUUGCGCCGAUAGUCUUAAGCACAUGUAUGCCCUGGUCAUCCCAGGAACACGAUCGAUUCCUAUUGUUUCCAGAUACGACUUCAAUGGCACAUCUCAUCCGAUCAAAACAACCCCUCAUCACCGCCCAUAACUCCAUUCCUCAUCCGCCUAUCCGCCCUUCCUUUGUACCGUUUGUGCGCUGCCCAUUUAACGACAUUGGUUGGAGCGCGCCUAUCUUGCCGCGAGGGUGAGGAAUGCUAGUGGUCCAAACACUGCCGAAUUCCUGGCAAUAUGUCUCAUCCGUAUUCAUUCUUCGUGUCUACUCCGCUAUGCCCCACACUCGACAACAGUGAGCCCGCAUCACAUUCACUCAAUGCUUUGGAUACCCCUACCAAUCUCUCCGAACCUACUCCCUCAAAAUUUGCUCGCCAAAUUAGGAGGCUUCAGUUUCGCCAUGCGGGCGGAUUCCGAGGAUUAUCCAUGACUCCCCGGGUCAUUACUCCUCCUGCAUCCUCACUAAACAUAAGCCCAUCCUCUAAAAAGACGCCACCUUUCUACGAGUACAUACCAAAAGCAGAGCGUUGUGAAAUCCCAGCUGAGAGGUCAUCCCCACUGUUCGGAAAGACGAGAAGCUCAACGAGUCCGCUUGGGAUAUUGCAAGAGGUGGGCACCACAACCGUCCGUCGUCGAUUAAGUCAAAAACUCUCCCGAUCGUCAGAGGUCCUUGAAGAAGAUCCAGUGCCCCACACGCCUGCAAUCCAAGCAAAGACUCCCAACACCGGGACUCCUUUGUUCGACAGACUCCAAUCACCAUCAGAGAGAACGUUCAACGGCAGAGAACCCGAGCCAUUUCCCGUCCCGUCGUCCCCAAAUAAGCCCCAAACAUUGGGAUCGCCUUCUCUGUCAAUAAGCGAUACUACACCGCCAGAGGGACAAGAAACUCCAAAAGCUCAUCCCCGACCCCGGACAUUCAGUUCGUCUUCCGAGUAUAUCAAGCAUCUUGAAGCACAACUCGCAGCAACACAUACGCAGCUUGAGCUCUUAGUGUCACCCGCUGCAACAAGAACUCGAUCCUCAAAACUCCGCGCCCUUUUAGCCGAAACAAAAGCUCUGAAGCAGGAGAUUUAUGAAUGGGAGAAGAAUUUCGACCGAAACUUGGAAGAAGCAAUGGCAGAGCGAGCGCUAUCUAACGCACGCCUCCAGGCCCGAGUCAAGAAUUUGGAGAAAGAGCUAGGGAAAAAGGAUGGCCGAAUCAAAGAAUUAGAGUUCGAGCUUGAGACGGCGACUGAGAAAGUACAGCAUGUAGAUGAAGUUGAAUCCUCAAACUAUGACUUGGAGAGGAGAUUGGAUCUGAUGUCUGAGUUGCUGGCUCAUUCCCACACAAAAUUAGAUCUCAGCGUCGGUUCUAAUUGGAACAAUAAUUCCGAUAAUCAGAAAAGGUCAAGGCCGACAUCAAUGCUAUCGCGAUUGCCGUCGUCAAUGGAGACCCCUCCUCUUGCGCACGAAGCUGCAGAGUCCGACUCCGAAAUCAAAAGAGUUCCUUUGAGGUUGAGGUCUCCGAAUCGAUCCACUUGGCAUGAACAGACAGCCCAUCGGCUCGAUUACAACCUCAGCGACGACUUGAAGCACCACACGCUUUCUGGAGAUUCUGAAUCAAACAGCUCGGUGCCUUUAUCGGCAACUACAAUAUCCUCAAACUCAUCAUUCUCUAGACCAAGCUCCAUGACAUCGGACAAUUCGGCUAACUCCUUGAAUUUUUCGAUUCCAUUUUCACCCCUUUCAGAAACCAGUCCUAAGCCAUCUCAGCGAAGACGCAGAAUGAGACGUUUCCAUUCUGGAAGCGGAACAAAGUCCCUUAUCCUGCCGGCGACCACGAUGCCACAACCGAACCAUCCAGUAUCAGCGCCUCUACUCUCCACACCUUUUAGCGAGCACAGCGAAUCAGAUGUUAUGCCAUCUCCAGUUUCGCUUGGAUGGGAUUCCAACUCACCAUAUGCUACACCUACUCAAUCCCGUUCUCUUCCUUGCUCAAUGAUACGAGAUGACGUGCUAAAUCUUCUUGAAGGCGGAGGUUCUUCUGAAGGAAUUGUUACUGAUGCAGAGCGCAGUCAUAAGCGGUCUUCUGAUCCUACCAACUCUCAAAAUGGAAAGGAACAUUCGUUGGGUGUCUCCACUGGUCGAAGCCUCAUGGACGAGCUAGCCUUGAUUGGAGAAAGCCGUCUGGGACUUGACCCUUCCACAACCACGACCUCAGCUUCAUCAACCCGACGGAGAGUAACGAACCGUUCAUCGCCAGCAGCAGGCAGAAACAAUCAAACGCGAAAUAUAUCACAGUCGUACCUUGUUCAUCAGCAUGCUCGCAGUCCUAUCCGGCGAAAAAAUGGUAUGGUAGCAGCUUGCAAGUUGGCGGUAUCAGAAGUUCGUCGGAAUCCACUCCGCCUCAGCAGAUCGGUAAUUCAUCAUGCUUGGGGCCUAGUAACAGGAGCCAGGACCUUUAGCGACUUUGGUGUGUGGAUUCUGCGGAUACUUCUUGGGCCUACAAUCGCAAGAGAGUUAGUUGGACGAUCGAGAGCCUUAUGGCAAAUGGCUGGGGAAAGAGUAAGACAGCCAUGGUCUAAUGGCUCGCCAAUACGAGCCAUAUCACCGCAGAUUGGGAAUGCAAGCGACAGAGGACGUUCAAUUGAAAUACCCAGACCGCCUAUUCUCAUCUUUUCCAGUGAUGUCAGUUCAAGCGCAGAGAGCGCGGAUGGUGGUAGAAUCGAGACGGAAAGACAUCAUGACGAUCCCUCGCAAGAUUUGUUGAAGAAGCACGGUUCGGAUGACCCAGAAGAAGUCAAAAAAGCAUCAUAUUCACAAAAGCUCUUCAUGUGGCUCAAAUUCUCUGCUGUACUUACCGUUGCUAUUGGCAUUGCCAUCAAGGAUGGGCCUGCGAAGCUGUUCGCUGAGACCGAUGCUGGCAAGCAGGCACAAGAAACAGAGCCAGAUCACCAAUUUAAUGCUGAUCUCCAAGGGAUGGAGGCUGACGAGAGGAAGAAGACACUUUAGCCACUAAUCAUCGAUCAGAACUAUAUUCUGACGAAAAUGGCACGGGAGUUUUACCUCAGUAUUGGUACUGAUUAUAUUAGAUUUCAAGGCGGGUGUUUCUAGAGUUCGGAGAUGGCGUUUUUGCAAUACUUUUCAAUUAAAUUGGCUGUCUUGCUACAAACGCAGGAUUGGGAGGUUAUGAUUUAAGUAUUCGGCCCUGAAAUUAGUCCAUACCCCAUGCAUGAUUACUCUAGGUUUUGCAUUUUGCUAUCGUCAGC